UCCAAAGAUUAUGCAAACUAAUUUCUAAUUUUCUAUCUUUUUCUAUUUACUUUCAGAAUUCCGUCCACUUAUUGAAACCUAAUCUUUGAAAAAAAAGGAAAGAAGUCCUCCCAAAAACAACCUUGAAUCCUCAACUACAACAAACAAAUUAUCUACAAAUCAAUCUUAUGGACAAAAGAACUAAAUAUGGAUGUUUAUUUAAAAUGAAAUCCUUUAUUAACUAAACAAAAGAGACAAGAAAAAAACAAGUAAUUCUAAUUUCUUGGCAUAGUUUGCAUAUGGCCCACAAAAACUAUUGACUUUUAGAGAAGACCCAUAAAAAAAAAAAAAAAAAAAAAAUCCCAAAACCCCUUUUACAACAAAAACAAAAAUUACAAAUAUAUAUUUUGAAAAAAAGAGAACCUAAAAUCAAGCAAUAAAACUGGCCCUUGUAGCCGUGGCAAAUACUCCAACAACAACACCCACAACCAUAACAAUACAACAAUUUCAUUCUAACAAAAUCAACAUUACGCAAAUGACUGAAUCAACACAGCUACAAACAGCAGAGAAUAAUAACGCAGGCGUUGUUAAAAUGGAACCAUUACCGCCUGCCACAACAGCAUCAACAGCAAAUACCACAUUGGCCACAUCGCCAGCACCUUCAUCGGUAAUGGAUCAACAGCAACAACAACAACAGCAGCAGCAACAACAACAGCAAUUGGCUGCCGCAGCAGCAGCCGCUGCAGUAGCAACCCAACAACUUCAACAACAAACAGCUUCUCUAUUAAGUGCAACACAACAACUGCACCAGCAACAACAAUAUGCUUUAAAAUGGAAUGAUUACCAAACAUCAAUGCUAAGCUCAUUCCGCCAUCUGCGCGAUGAAGAAGAUUUCGUCGAUGUGACACUGGCCUGUGAUGAACGCUCGUUCACGGCUCACAAAGUUGUGCUGAGUGCCUGCAGUCCCUACUUUCGUAAAUUGCUAAAGGCCAAUCCCUGUGAACAUCCCAUUAUUAUAUUGCGUGAUGUACCCGCAGAUGAUGUGGAAAAUCUAUUAAGCUUUAUGUACAAUGGCGAAGUGAAUGUCGGACAUGAACAUUUACCGGAAUUCCUUAAAACCGCUCAUCUACUACAGAUACGUGGUCUGGCGGAUGUCAAUGGCGGUGGUGUCAAUCCUUUUGCCAGUUCAGCAGCGGCGGCAGCAGCAACAACAUUAAAUCCAGUGGCAAAAACGCUUAGCAAUGCAUUGAGCACUAAUCUGUCGGGUAGCACGAAUAAAUUAAAUUUUCUAACAGCUGCCACCCAGGCAUUGAGUCAAAAUGCCAAUUCACCAUUUACGACACCGUCACUGGCAACGAGUACGCCACUCAAUAAUCUAUUAAAUAGCGGAGCCAGCAACAACACAACAAAUAACAACAACAACACCAACACCAAUAACAACAGUAAUGCCAAUAGCAACAACACAAAUAACAACAACAACAACAGCAGCAGCAACAAUAACAACAGUCAUAAUAAUAACAAUAAUAACAACAACAAUAACAGCAGCAGCAGUAGUAACAAUGGAAAAACACCUGCCAUACAGGAAUUGAAAGCUUCCUCAGCGUCUCCCGUAAGAAAAUCAAAUAACAAUAAAGCCAACAACUGGGAUCACUCAGAUUCGGAUAGCAAUCGCAACAACCACUUGACCCCUCCACCCCAGAAAAGAAUCAAAAGUGCCGAUUUGUUUCGUGCCCAACACGGCAUUAGCCCUGAACGUCUAUUGAUUGAUCGUGACUUCCCCGUUGCUGGCCAACACCCCUUGACCCGUAAUCGUGAUCGCAGCCGUGAAACAUCGCGUGACCGUGAUCGUGAAAUGCGUGAAUCGUUGCUGGGUCAGGCUUUGGAAAAUUCAAAUGGUUUACAGAAACAACACAAUGACAUGGGCUCUCUACACGGUCAAAGUGCAUGCGACGAUUCGAACAGCUCCGACACUGAACCCUCAGAUCGUGGCGAUGGACAAAAUGAUGGUACAAUGGAUUCCAUGGACAAUCAACGUUCGCAUUCCUUCCCCAAUGCAUUUUUGGGUUUGCAGGGCAUACCUGGCCUACUGCCAGGACCCUCGGGCAUGGGUGGUGAUUUCGUAAGCCGCCGUUCCCUGGAAAUGCGUGUUCGCGCCACUGAUCCUCGUCCCUGUCCAAAAUGCGGCAAAAUCUAUCGCUCGGCCCAUACCUUGCGUACCCACUUGGAGGACAAACACACUGUGUGCCCGGGUUAUCGUUGCGUGUUGUGCGGUACUGUGGCCAAAUCACGUAACUCUUUGCAUUCACACAUGUCCCGUCAACAUCGUGGCAUUUCUACAAAAGAUUUGCCUGUGCUACCCAUGCCCAGUGCUUUUGAUCCCGAAUUGGCUUCCCGUUUGCUGGCCAAGGCUGGUGUGAAAAUUUCCCCGGCUGAGUUGAGGGCUCGCGCCUCCCCCACCAAUGGUGGUGGUGGUGGCGGUGGAACUGGCCAAACUAAACUGGAUGCCAGCUUGUCGAACAACAUGAAAGAUGAGGCCGAAGAUUCCGAUGAUGAUCCCGAGGACUUGACCACAGCCAGUGGAGGUUAUAGCAAUGUGGGUGGAUCCAACAGCGAUUUGAGCCGUUACCAUGAAUCUUUGUUGAGCAAUUUUGGCCAUGCCAAUACCACAAUAUCGCGCAUAAGAAAUGAAGCUGCAGCUGCUGCAGCAGCGGCCGCUGCCUUGGGUCAACAAAAGGAUUUGGCUGGGCAAAUACCCACAAGUACGGCUGCUGGACAAUCACUUUUGGACACAUAUUUGCAGUUUAUAACUGAGAAUACAUUUGGUAUGGGUAUGUCCCAGGAACAUGCUGCUGCUGCCGCCUUACAUGCUGCCAAAAUGGCCCAACUAAAUGCCAUGGGCCAUGGUUUGGAUAAACUACCGCCGGGCCUAUUGCCACCCCAGUUCGAUUUGAGUAAAUUGGCUGGUCAGGCUGCGGGAAAUGCUUUCAAUAAUCUAGCCGCCGCCAGCGGAGUGGGUGGUAAUGGUGGCCUCACCAUUGAACCCAUUAUGAGACGUGACAUGAUGUCACCGCACAAUAGCAAUGAAAAUCUACACAAUUCCCAGAAUACCCCCGCCAGCUCCAGCCAGAAUGAUAUACGCCGUGAUCCCUCCGAACCCAUGGAUCUGGGUCUGGAUGCCAACAAUCAGUCGGGUAGUCAUAACAAUGACAACAUGGGUUCCGACAAUGAAGACAACUAUUCCGAGGAUGAGGGAGUGCACAACACAUAAAUCCCGUAGAAUUGUAUAGGAAUAUAGGAAAUGAAAUUGUUGUUUUAAGUGAAAAAGUAGGAUUAUUUCUUCUGCGUUUAGUUUUUUUUUAUUGCAAAAUUAUCCUUCCUUCGUGGCAUGGAAGAUGAGAAGAUGGGCCUCCUUUGGAGGUUCUGUUUUUCCCCUAACAAAAACAAAAGGAAAUUAGUUUAAUUUUUUAGAUGAACAAACAAACAAACAGAUAUGAACAACAAAGAAGCCUUAAAAAUGUAUACCAGUUUAUUUUAUUCUUUUCGAAUAUUUUUACAAAAAAUUGAAAAUUUACUGCAAAGAAAUCUAUUUUGAAAUAGUAAAAAUAUUUUAGAACAUGAUUCGUAUACGAUUUACGACAGAUUAAAAACAUUGAAAAAAAAAAUAUAUAUAUUGAAAGGUUUAAAAUUAUUUGUAUAUAAAAUUAAUUGAAAAAAAUUGAACACAAAAUAUUUUGAAAACAAAAAUUUGAAAAUUUAUAAAAAACGGGUAAAGAAAAACCAUUUCUGUCUUAAAAACUGAAAUAUUAAGAAUAUGGUCUGAAGAUUUUCCGUAUUAUAGAAAAGAAAUUUGAAACUUAUUUUUUACUAAUAUUUCAGUAUAAAAAAAUGUUAGAACCCAUGGACAGAAAUUUUCAAACCUAAGGUAUUUGUCUUAUGGCCGUAAAAAAUUCAACUUUGCUGAAAAUUGGAAAUCCCUAUCCGCAAAUUACUACUAAAUUUCAGUCUCACUCGGAAAUAAAUUUUCAAAAUAUUAAAAAAACCUUUCCUCACAAAUCGAUGAAUCUAAUUUCCUUCUACACAACAUCCAGAAAAUACACACACACACAAACAAAUUACAACUAAAAGAGAAGUUAAAGCAAUUUUUAGAAUUAAAUUUUUAUGUAGUUUUCUAGAGAAAAAAUUAGCAAUAAUAUUAAUUAUAUAAUAACUAUUAAAUGUAUAUAUUUAUUAAAUGUUUUAAAAAAUGUUAAGACGUCAACAACAAAAAGAAAAACAAAACCAACUAAAUCAAAUUUUUUCUUUAAGUGGUUUCUUUUUCUGUUUGAAAAUUCAACAAAUUGCCUUUGUUUUUUAUUCAACAUAUCAUUUGUUUAAAUUAAAUUGAAAAAAAUAGUUAAUUUAAAUAUAUAAAUAUUAUAUUUCCUGGAUUUUGAUUUCAUUUUCUAGACAAAUCAUUUUAAUUUCAAGUGCCUUUCUUUUGAAACAAAAAUAAUUGAUUUUUUUAAAUGUUUAAAAUAAACUUUGUAUAUUUCUAUUUUAAUUUUAAAACUAUCGUCCAAUAAUUUUUUGAGUGUAGAAAUUUUGAAUCAAAUGCGUUUUGAAGGAACAUACAAUUAAAAAUCAAUUUUUAAUUUUUUCCUUUUAUUCUCCAUUGAAUUGUUAAUUUUGCUUAUCCUUUUUUCUAAUAGAAGUUCCUCAAUGGAAAAAUAAACUAGAAUUACAAAACAAAAACGAUGUAAGAAACCCACCACAAAAAGAACACUGACUUAAAAAAUUAAAAAAAAAAAAAACUAACACCGCCCAGGGAUAUUUAAAACAUCACAUUAAAUAUUUAAUAAUAAAAACAAAAACAUUAGUAUUGUAAAAAAAAUAAUAAAUAUUGCAAAAACAAAACUCUGAAAACACACAAUAAUACAUAAUUCAAAUGUGCCAUUUCAAUUGACAACCUCAAAGCAAUCAAACAAUACUUCCUUAAAAAAACAAACUGAUUUCCUUAAGACAAAGGAUUUCCUUAACAAUAACUCAGGAAACUAAAAAAAAACAUAUAAAAAACUAUAUAAACAAAAAUAAAUAUAGCAUAUAAAACAUUCCUUAAAAAACUAAAUAACUCGCAAUACACACAGAUCAUAACACAAAAAAGAAAAAACAGAAAAUACCUUUAAACUACCUCAUUUUUUAAUAAUUUUUCUUUUUUUUUAAUUUUUUUAUAACAACAAAGAAAAAAACAUAAUUUUUCAAGUCAGUGGAAUAUUUUUUACCUCUAUAACAAUAACAAUAUAAUGGGCUGAAACUCUGCAGAGCCUAAAAAUAGGCCCCAGUUUUAUGUUCCCAACCCUCUUCUCCCCUCACUUUCAGCCCAUUUGUGUUAUAACAAAACAUUAUGUAUAUAGAAAAACAACCCAACCAACAAAAAAUGCAAUAAUUUAUUAUAAAAUAAAAGAAAAUAUAUAUACUUAAUAAAAAAAUCUUGCCAAUUUAAAAAAUAAUCAUAAUUAUUAUAAUAAUAUUAUACUAUAAGCUAUGGACAAAACACUAAAACUAUGCACUUUAAACAAAAAGUAAAAUAAAUAAUAAACUUAAAAAAAACACCAUCACCCAAUCAUGCUUAACAACAAAACAAUUAAAUGCAAAUCUAUAAUAAUUACUAAAAACAACAACUGGAACUGUAGUACUUAAUUUUAACAAAACAAAACAAAGACAACAAAUAAACGUAAAUAAAUUAACUAAAACAAGAAAAA